AUGACCUCACCACAGACCAAUUCCCUCGACGACAUCUUCGGCUCGUCCCCACCCCACGAGGGCGAAAAAUUCUCCCAACAAGCGUCAAUAGAAGCACCCGAACCCUCGGAUCUCCCCUCUCUCCGCCGGCAACACGUCACAGCUGGCUACCGCGAUGGCGUCUCCGCCGCGAAAGGCGAGCACGUCCAGCACGGCUUCGACGCCGGCUUCCCAAUCGGCGCACAGCUAGGCAUGAGAGCAGGAACAGUAAUCGGUAUCAUCGAAGGCUUACUGCGUGGAUUCGAGAGUCCCACUGCGUCCAGAGCAGUAAAGAAACCACUUCAGCGGAAAGAGGAAGGGCAGGGGGUCGAGACAGACGAAGCAGAAGCAGCGCGGCAGGCGAAGAGGGAGCAGCUGCUCAGAUUGUAUCAAAAAGCUGUGAAGGAGCUGGAGGUUCGGUCCGUAUUUGCAGGGAGCGAGGAGGAGAGCACGCGAGACAACGGGGGGCAGGAGAAACCAGAGGUUGUUCUGCGCCGGAAAGGGGACGCCGUCAUUUCGCAGUGGGAGGAACAGGUCAGGGUGGCGCAUUGGGAGGAGAACAUGGCUGCCCUGGAGCCAAAGGAGGAUGAGAAGCGCGCGUCAACGCCGACGGAGCAGAUAUGA